CGUAGAUCCGUUGCUUGAAAUCUCUCUCGCUAUCAUCUUAAAACUAAACAAAAAAAGUCAUCGAAAAAGAAUAAAAUCUUCCAGAGCUGCUAAAUCCAUUUGUAUGGCGUUUCCUCUUCGUGUCUAAGAGUGCUUCAUUUCCAUUUCCUCUUCUGCUUUCCUCGGAAGAUCUUACAUAUCCUUAACAAGGAGAAAAAUGGAUGAAAACAACGCAGGAAAGUUAACCGGGAUCAAGCAGAUUGUGAGGCUAAAGGAGAUUCUGCAAAAAUGGCAAAGUGUCACAAUAGGUUCAAAGUCAGAUGAUACCGAGUUGGGAGCAAGAAAGCACACAGCCAUCAUUUCUCCUGUUAUCAACCAGAGGCUAUUGGAUAUGAAGACAUGUGAUUCGGAUGAGGAAACUAGCCAAAGUCCUGAGCCACCUUCUGAUGUCCCUGAAGGGUAUUUGGCGGUCUAUGUUGGACCCGAGCUCCGGAGAUUUAUAAUUCCUACAAACUUUCUAAGCCAUUCUCUGUUCAAGGUCUUGCUUGAGAAAGCUGAGGAAGAAUACGGAUUUGAUCAUAGCGGCGCCUUAACCAUACCUUGCGAGGUCGAGACUUUCAAGUACUUACUUAACUGCAUUGAGAAUCAUCCUAAAGAUGACACCUCAGCUGGAGAUACAGUGGAAACGGAAGAGUAAAUAACAAGUAUAAUAUAAAAUUCUUCCUUUUAUCCUUCAAAACUAAUCAACUUGUAUUAGUGCUAAUGACUCUCAUAUCGGACUGGUAAUUGUCAAAUCAGUCUUUGUAUUUUCCUGAUAAUUUAUUAUUCUACUCUCCAUUGUUUUUUCUCAAAAAUGAA